AUGUACAGUGGAUUAUUAUCUAUGCCGUUAAAUGGUUUCAAAUUAGGUUGUUAUUCACUUGAAACAGUACUUUUAUCAUCAUUAUUAUGUUUUUAUUCCAAAACAUGUAUUGAUAGUUAUCACGAUUUUACAUCCUAUGAUUACUACAAUAAGUCUCUGGACGUCAUUUUCAAUAGUACAAACGAAGUAAUCCAACUAAAUUCAUCAUUGACACGAUUUAAUAUUAAUGAUACAAUUGAAAUAAUGGCCAAUGAAUUGUUUCUUAUGAACGAUUCUACAAUAGUUCUGCACCAAAUUAUUGUACUUAUAAAUAUUACUAUCGAUUUGAUGCAUUUGAAUUAUUAA